CCGGGCUCCGGAGCCAUCUUGCGGGUCUGUCUCCAUGCAGAGCCGCCGCCAUGGACGCGUUCAUGAAGGGCUUGUCCAAGGCCAAGGAGGGGGUGGUCGCCGCGGCGGAGAAGACCAAGCAGGGGGUGGCGGAGGCUGCGGAGAAGACCAAGGAGGGGGUGCUGUACGUGGGAAGUAAAACCCAAGGCGUGGUGCAAGGCGUCACCUCAGUGGCUGAGAAGACCAAGGAGCAGGCGUCCCAGCUGGGGGGGGCCGUCAUCUCAGGGGCUGGGAACAUCGCGGCCGCCACCGGCCUGGUCAAGAAGGAGGAGUUCCCCACUGACCUGAAGCCUGAGGAGGUCGGGCAGGAGGCUGUGGAGGAGCCGCUGAUUGAGCCUCUGCUAGAGCCAGAGGGUGAGAACUACGAGGAGCCGCCUCAGGUACAGGACUAUCAGGAGUACGAGCCGGAGGCGUAAUGGCCGCGCCCACCCCGCCACCUCCACCAGCAGCACAAUAAUGACAAUACCCCCUUGUGCCCCUCCCCGGCCUCUCCCCAGGCAGGUGCCAGCGCAGGGGGCGA